AUGUUGAUCCUAAGAUUCAUUCUUUUGUAUUUGCCUUUCUGUUUAUUGAUAUGUAAGGCUGAUGAUGCUGCUACAGCACCUGAAGUAGAAAACAAGAAACCGUCAUUCAAGAAUCCAAAUAUCCCCAAAAAUGCUUACCUUGCACUGUUCUUUAACUCACCAUCAGAUAUUACUGAGAAACUUGUAGUCUCUCAGGCACGCAAAGAUGGUAUAGAUGACUCAAUUGCGAAGUAUGAUGGUGUUUGGUCUGUUGAAGUGCCAUAUACCAGUGCGAUAGAAAAUGAUCAUGCACUGGUUCUCAAAUCCAAGGCAAAACAUCAUGCUGUUUCGACAAAACUGUUCAGGCCAAUAAAGUUUGACACCAAUGAGCUUGUUAUCCAGUAUGAUGUCAAGUUCCAAGAUGGGAUCGAUUGUGGUGGCGCCUACAUAAAGUUGUUGAGUGCUUCACCAAAUUUGGACCUGAAACAAUUUAACGACAAAACUCCGUAUACAAUUAUGUUCGGUCCCGACAAAUGUGGACUAGAGAACAAAUUCCACUUUAUUUUCCGGCACAAAAAUCCCAAGACUGGUGUGUAUGAGGAAAAGCACGCUAAAAAGGUUGUUCCAGAACUGGAGUCAUACUUUUCAGACAAGAAGACACACCUUUACACAUUAGUUUUACGUUCGGAUAACUCAUUUGAGCGGUACAUCGACCAGAUUAAAGUUCAAAGUGGCAGCCUACUUGAAGAUUUUGAUCCUCCAGUUAAUCCUCCCAAAGAAAUUGAUGAUCCUGACGAUAAAAAGCCAAGUGAUUGGGAUGAAAGAGAAAAGAUUGUCGAUACAAAUGCCAAAAAGCCGGAUGACUGGGAUGAAGAUGCUCCCGCAACUAUCGAAGAUGAAAGUGCCGUAAAACCAUCCGGGUGGCUUGAUGAUGAACCAGAGAUGAUUCCAGAUCCUGUUGCAGUACCUCCAAAAGACUGGGAUCGCGAAAUGGACGGUGAGUGGGUUGCACCACAAAUAAAUAAUCCUAAAUGCGCCAGUGCACCUGGGUGCGGUAAAUGGCAACGACCAAUUGUACCAAAUCCAAAAUACAAGGGCAAAUGGUCUGCUCCAAUGAUUCCUAAUCCAAAUUAUAAGGGUAUUUGGACACCAAGGAAAAUUCCAAACCCUCACUAUUUUGAAGAAAAGAAUCCAUUCAAGAGCUUAGCUGAAGUGAACGCAAUAGGUCUAGAAUUAUGGUCCAUGACUGACGGCAUCACUUUUGACAACUUCCUGAUUGUUGAUUCAAAGCGCGCGGCUGAUGAAUUUGCUCAAGAAACAUGGACAAUUAAAAAGGAAGCUGAAAGAUUAGCCGAUCCGAAAGCACAAAGUGUUGUGGAUGCUAUACGAGAAACCUAUAAUGAGAAACCUUGGCUUAUCUUUGUAGUUGGCCUUGUUUGUACAUUACCCAUUCUUUUAUGCUGUAUCUACAUGUGCCGGUCACCAUCCAAACAACAUGAUAUUGGUAUGCGCAAGAAGACGGAUACAUCCACGCCAGACGACUCUCAUGUACAUGUUAGUGAAAGAAAUGCAGAAACCGAAGAAUUAGAAGAAUCUGGCGAAGAAGAUAUUGUCCAAGUUUCUAAAGGCUCCGGUGAUGAAUCAACCGCAAAUAAAACAGGGAGCAGCAGAGAUAACUCCGGAGAGGAAACUCCUGAUGAAUCUGGAGAAACCGAGAAAGCGGCUGCAAAACAGUCUAUUAGAAAACGACGUUCACGAAAGGAAUAA